UCUCGUGCCGGUCUUUUAGCAGUCGAAAUUGCUAAGUCUUUCGCAUUAUUUUAUUUAUUGUUGUUCACAGUUUCGAAACUUGUCUUUUUUUGGAGAUUUUGGUGAAACUAGAAAUCAAAAAGUGAAUAAGAAUUAAAUGUCAGUGAACCUUUGAGUUGAUUUACUGUUAUCAAAGACGAUGAUGGAUGAUUAGAAAAAACAUUCCUAAGGUUGUGACGUUGUGUUGUGAAUAAAUAUUUAUUGAGUUGCAAAGUUGCAAUAUUUAUUUUAUAAUUGUUAAAAAUGAAUAAUCAACAAAUGAAUAAAGAAGAUGCAAUGUGGAUGGGGAUUUGGCAUCAACUCCAAGAAGACAAAAUGAAACCCCCAAAUGAACGUGAAAUAACAAUUCAAGAUUCCGAUGGAGGCUUUUUCGAACGAUUUGGAUCGAUGCUUCAUGCUCGAAAUGAAGACACUGAAGAUAACUUUCUGGGAAAUGCAGCACUUGUCGAUCCUGAAGCUUCAGCUUUUCUCAAGAAGAAGGAGAAGAAGGAAGCAAAGAUUGAGUCACGUAUUGGGGACGAUGAAGAUGGCGAUACAGGAAAGGACAGUGGAAACGAGUCGGCUGAAGCUGAUAGUGACAUUGAAGAGAAGAAAGAAGACAUCCAGGAAAUUAAAAAUGCUAUGGUUGGAAUGAAUAUUGAUGAACUUUAUGAAGAAAUUCUUUUCGAAAUCCUUCACAAUGUUGGCAGUGACGAGUCAAAAGUCAGCACGGAAUCACUUUUUUCAUUCUUACAAGAAGCUUUUAAGUUUCAACAAGAAUCUCAUGAAGAAUUAUUAGAAAAAGCAAGAAUUAAAGAAGCUCCUGAAAUGAGAUUGAACAUCGAAGUGAUUGAAGCGAAAGAUUUGAAUUCGAAGGAUCCAAAUGGGUUGGCUGAUCCUUUUGUGACACUUUAUAUUGCAUCAGCUCCCAAUACACGAUACACAAGUUCAGUGAAGUCUGCAACAUUAAACCCGAAAUACGAAGAACAUUUCUCAUUGCCCAUCUCAGAGAAUCCUAAUGAAGAUACUCUCAUCAUAGAAGUUUGGGAUUUCGAUCCAGCAGAAACAAUUGGCGAGAAAAUGAAUAAAUUUUUUGAGAUUAAAGGUGCAAAAGGUUUUCGAAAGCUUAUGAAAGAAAUAGCAACAACAGCAUCAUCAGGCAAACACGAUAAUGAAUUUGUCGGAUGUUCAAAAGUUCCUUUGAAGACAAUUCCAGCUGCUGGUCUUGUUAUGUGGUAUAAUCUCGACAAAAAAGGAAAAACUAAGACACAAGGAACAAUCAAAGUUCGUCUCAACUUCAGUUCGGCAAAGAAUGAUCAAGUUGCAUCACAAGAACAUCGACAUUUGUUGAAAAUUCUUCUCUAUCAUGAAUUGGAGUCAUCAAAAGUCGCACAUCAUUGGUGGUCGGGUAAGUUCAGCAGUUUAGCUGAGACAAUCAUCACACAACAUCAAGCACAAAGUGGAUUGACGGAUAUUGAUGUUGCAUUCGCACAAUGGUCAGUUUAUUGUGAAGUUCAUCAACAUCAUCCAUUAUCGUUUGAAUUGUUUGAAAGAAUUAUUGAUAAGUUGAUCAAACCAAUUCAAACAAGAAAUGUGACACAUGAAGAAGAAAUCACAAUUUUCUUUGAAUCAACAAAACGUUUAUUGCCAUCAUGUUUUGGAAUCAUCAGGAAGUUGAGAAAGAAGCUUGCUGGUGAUGCAAACACUUUGAAACAUCUAACAAGAGUCAUUAAUAUCAUCUCUAAGAUUGCUACAUUGGAACCAACACCAUCGAUUGAUUUAUUCCCUGAACAAUACUUUGGAUGGUUGAAGAAAACUGGAGAUUUAGCAGUUGAUAUUCGAGACGUUAUGAAUCAAGCUGUAACAAUUGCUGCUGAAGAAUAUUUCGAUGGAAUUGUUGAUCAAAAUGAACUUAACAGUGAUGACAACGAAUCGAGACUUCAGCAAUUGAUUAAAGUUAUACAACUUGUGAGAUCUGAUCUUCAACGUGCCAUUGAACAUCACGAUAAAGUGUUCCAAGAGAAAAUGAAUUAUCAGUAUGCUGCUGUCAUUUACAAAGUCUACGAUCGUAAAGUCAUGGAACUUGUCAAGCCAAUUGUACAAGACAUUUGCAACACUAAAAUCGAACGACUCGAUUUAUUAGACUCGAAGGAUAUGAAACACAAUCGUUAUGAAGAAAUCAACAUGUUGACGACACUCUUCGAGUUGUAUUUGUUGCUGAAAAGAUUUUCUGUGCUUGGAUCUGCUUUAUGUCCCGGUGUUGUCGAUUUUCAAAUGAAAGAUUAUUACGAAUGGUUUUCAAGUGGUGUCGCUCAUUGGUUGGAUAUUUCUGUCUAUAAAGCAUUAACAAGAAUACAGAAAGCAAUUGAAUUAGAUCCGUUGAUUGCUGUUGAUGCAACAGUUAAAUAUUCAUCAUCAGCUGUUGAUACUUUGGCGAUUUUUUAUCAAAUUCGAAUCUUUUGGCAGCAACUUGCGUGGCCAAGUGCAGAAGGUGCUUUCAUUUUUGUCAGUAAAAUUGUUGACGACAUUUGUCGUUGUUGUGUCUUCUAUGCUGAUAAAAUGGCGGAGAGAGUUGAUAGUUUAGGAAUGGUUGAGACUGUUUACGAAAAGAAAUUCCAAGUGACGACAGAAUGGUGUUUGGCCAUUAACAACAUUGAUUACAUUCGUCAAAGCAUUCAUUCGUUUGUCAAGGAACUUGGUGUCGAUGACAUUAUUCGAAACAUGUCAGAUUUUCGAGGACCUUUAGAUGCCAAACGAUGCUCUGAUACGAUUCAAAAUGUGAUGGAAAAUGCUAUCGACACUGAGAAGAAUAAAAUUCUCGAAUUGAUUGAAAAGCUCGCGAGAAAAAUGAACCCAGCUAUGCGAAGAUUCCUUACAGAAGGUGCUGAACUUUUCGAUACAGAUUCCAACGCGAUGGAUCGUUUAAUGAUGUAUAUGGAAGACUCAUUGAAAACACUUCACACUGAACUUAAUGACGACAACUUCACACGAGUUCUUGAUGCCAUUUGGGUUGAGAUCUCGUGCAUACUUUACGAUCUUGUUCAAGGCAGCAUUGAAAAGCGACGCCCACCAUCAUUUUACUCAAACUUACGCAGCACGUUACAAAUCAUGGUUGAGAACUUCAAGUGCCAGAACAGCGAUAAACCGAUUCAAUCAAGUGAUAAAGAAACCUUGGAAUCGAUCGAUAAAUUACUUGAACUUCAUGGAUAUGAACCAGCCGAUCUCAUUCAUCAGUAUUACAAAGAACGUUAUACAAUGCAACAAAAAUUGGAAGACUCGCCUUUUGGUCUUCUCACGGUUCAAUGUUUCUUUCAAAAGAACGUGUUGGAAAUUGAAGUCAUGAAUGCCAAGCAUUUAAUUCCAAUGGAUACUGAUGGACAAUGCGAUCCUUUUGUUAGAAUUCAUUUCUUCCCUGAAGAUAAAUUUGCUGGUGUUACUCAACCCAAAACUAAAGUCAUUCAGAAAACUUUGUUUCCAAUGUUUGAUGAGAAAUUUUCAAUAACCCUAAACGAUGAGCAAAGGAAAUUGGAAGAAGCAAUAAUUUUAUUUAGUGUCAAAGACAAAGAUUAUUUUGGAAUUGCAAAUCAAUAUGUUGCCGAUACUUUUUUGAUGUUCAAAGAUAUUGCAGACAUCACAAGUGAUAGUGGAAGUAUCAAACAGCUGCAUUUAAAACUCACAAGACCAGAGAGUGAUGAAUCAAUGGAGUCUGUUAAGGCUUUGCAAUAUCGAGUUGGUGAUAAAUUGGCGAAGGAAUUUUUGAAGAAACUCAAGACAAAAGCAACAGAAUCGAAAUAACAUUUUGCAGAUUUCACAAAACUUUUACAUGCAUUAAAAUUAUAAAAUAACUCUAUAAAUUUAUUAAAAGCGUUUAAGGCUUUAAUUGUGCCUUGGAUCCUAUUUAGUUUUAACAUUUUUUUUUGUGAAUUUAGAUUGUAAAGUAAGGUUUGUAAUGUUACGAUUUUAUGGGGUUGUCUCAAUAUUAAAAGAAAAUUUCAAAACAAC